AUGCGAAGGCUACCACCUUUACGGGGAUUCGAAAAUAUGCCACUCGUGUCUCUCGAAGAGGCUACACAGCCUCUAUUAUCUCAAAUUCCCGAAAUUGAACAUAUGGUAUUUAUCAUCCAAGAAAAUCGUAUUCAACCAAAUAAUGGUUUAACUAUUGAUGAGUCUUCUUCCAUUGCAUUGUACUCAAUGGAAUGGUCGCCGCGAAAAGACUCAUUCUAUAUCGUAUUACAUGGUACACUGCGCAAUGCAAAUCGAGAAGCGUUGCUACCAUGUUGGCACAGCUUUUUAAAACUUUUUCUAACGGCUCUUUCAAAGCUUCCACCGACUGGUCGUCGAACGAUCUAUCGAGGAGUCAGAACAGUUGGAGUUCUUGGAAAUGGCGCCUUCUUCGGAAAGAGUGAAUCACGAACUUUAUUUGCUAUCGAAUGCGACACAGGCGAAGAUAUUCGUCAAAAUUCGUUCUAUCAAAAUGAAGAUGACAUACUUCUUCUACGUGGUCGAGAAUUUGAAAUUAUGUCAUCGAUGGGCAUGGAUAAUAAACUUACCAUGGUUCAACUCAAAGAAGUCAUGCCUCGAUUUUCAAACAAGCUUCUAUUACAUCCUCGAGUUCUCCAGCAGUCAUCUCGAAAGCUACUACCCCUCCCAAAGGAACAACAACCGUAG